GGAAAGGGAACUUCCUCCUCAAAAAUUAAAAAGGCAAAAGGGGAGGGAGAAGCAAAUUUUAAUUACUUCCUUAACAAGCCUCCGAAAAUACUUCCUUUUAAUUUGCUGUAAACAUUUCAUUUUUAUUUGCACCUGAAGAUCUUUCUUUGCCCAUUUCUCUUUUCUAGGGUUUUGGUCAUUUUUCUUUUCGUUUUUGAGUUGUGAAAUUAUGAGAAGCGUGAAGAAAGAAAAACGAGCAGAUAAAGCCAAUGAAGAAGCUAAACCGCUUCGAACCAGGGUGGCGAGACCUGCCCGACAUGACUCCGCCGAUGUUGAGUCGGAUCAGCUCAGUCGGCAAGAGGAUGCGGCCAACCGGAGACUUCUUCGCUCCAAAUACCUUGCCGUGAUGACCAAAAUCAACGAUGCAAGGGAUGAAAUAUCGAAGGUUGAUUCUAAUAAAUUUAACAUCAUCAUUAAUGAAGUCGACAACUUGCAUCAACAAGUGUCGAAGCCGCGAGAACAAGUAGCAGAUGCAGAGGCAUUGUUGGACAUAGCUAACACAUUGGCAACUUCUGUCAAGUCAAUCUCUUGUGAGGGAGUUAGCCUAGCAGACUAUGUCAAUUGUUUAGUUAGAGAGUUUGGGAAAUCCAACAGGAGCCUUGACACACAAGAAAAUGAGCAGAUAUCGGUCAAUUGGAAAGAUAUUGGGAUGGCUGUUUCACCAUUCUUUACAACGUGCAAAGGAAUUUGCACCAUGCUUGGACCUAUGAAGAAUGAGUUAAAGCAAAGGAAGUCUAUCGUUACUAGAAAGCGUGCUAUUAGACCAACUGAUACUGCUAGGCCCGAAGAGGUUGAUGAUACUGGUGCUGAAGAGAAAACUGAUACUGACAAAAAUAUGGCAACGAUGUUUGAAAUCUUAAGGAGAAAGAGACAAGUGAAACUUGAAAGUUUGAUUUUGAAUAGAAGCUCUUUUGCACAGACUGUGGAGAAUUUAUUUGCUCUUUCCUUCUUAGUCAAAGAUGGGAGAGCAGAAAUCGUUGUGGAUAAAUCUGGUUCUCAUAUUGUUUCGCCCAAAAAUGCUCCUGGUACUAUGUCCGUGACAACGGGCGAGGUUACUUACAGCCAUUUUGUGUUUAGGUUUGAUUUUAAGGACUGGAAGUUAAUGAUGAGCGGUGUGCCAGUUGGAGAAGAGUUGAUGCCUCACCGGGAAGAAUCACACUCAAUUCUUUCCAAAGCAGAAUCAGCUGCAAACAACUCAGAAGGAGCACUGACUACAACACCAAUCCGAAAAUUAUCUAGGAACCGAGGGUUGGUUUUGCAAGAAUCCAUUGUAGAAGAUUCGCCUGAAAUUGAUGAUGGUAGCAAAGGCCCUGGCAUUCGCAGGUGUAGGCGUAAGCUCAAUUGAUGAGUGGCCCCAUUUUUUUUUUUGAGAACACAUCAUGUACAACUAUUUUGGAUGUUGUGAUGUACAUAGGAGUAGGUCAAAGACCAAAUUGCCAGUUUGAUAAAUUUUGUACUAGUAUAUUCCUCUGGCAAAGGGCGCUUUGGCCAACUUUGAUUGAUCUAUGUUACUUUGGGCAGAAUCACUUUGGAUUCUGGAUAAAUGAAUACAUUUCUCAAACUUUCUUAUGCUAAC